GGUCACCAGAGAGCACGUAGCCGCAGAAAGGGAAAGUGAAAGUGCAGAGCAACAUGCAAGAGUCAGGCCAGAUAAACUAUCAGUCUGUUCAGUAAGUACUCUUCUUUUAAGGCUGCUGCAUAUCUACCAUGAAACUGGAUAACUCUGCAGAUUAUACAAUUCUAAGAAACAUGGACGGCCAGAGACAGAAACAGGUGCCGGGGAGGAAAUUCCAUGUCUCCGUGGCAGGAUGUACCAACGGUGCUCAUCAGACCUAUGUUAAUGACCUCAAAGGGAUGGGUCAAAUCGAGGUGAUCUCUCCUGAACAAAGUGACUACUUGGUGCUUUUCUGUCCCAUCGCGUCUCAAGUUGGAAAAGACAUCGGAGAGGCAAUGGACAAAAUCUCAGGUGGGAAACCAAUCGUUCUGGUGGUGAUGCAUCACACCUACGACAAAGAUCAUUUUGUGCCUGAAAGCAGGAGACUCGUGGAAAACCCGGAUGUCAUCGUCACCGUAGACGUUCUGUUCCAUGAGAGCAACAUGCUGAUCUGCAACCGCAAUGACACGGCCUGGUCUAAGGUCAAGGAUGUUCUUGUGGUUUCCCCUGGACCGGACAGCAGCUGGCUAUCUUUGCCGGGGAGGAAAUUCCAUGUCUCCGUGGCAGGAUGUACCAACGGUGCUCAUCAGACCUAUGUUAAUGACCUCAAAGGGAUGGGUCAAAUCGAGGUGAUCUCUCCUGAACAAAGUGACUACUUGGUGCUUUUCUGUCCCAUCGCGUCUCAAGUUGGAACAGACAUCGGAGAGGCAAUGGACAAAAUCCCAGGUGGGAAACCAAUCGUUCUGGUGGUGAUGCAUCACACCUACGACAAAGAUCAUUUUGUGCCUGAAAGCAGGAGACUCGUGGAAAACCCGGAUGUCAUCGUCACCGUAGACGUUCUGUUCCAUGAGAGCAAAAUGCUGAUCUGCAACCGCAAUGACAUGGCCUGGUUUCAGGUCAAGGAUGUUCUUGGAGUUUCCCCUGCACAGGACAGCAGCUGGCUAUCUUUCUGGAUGAAAUACCGAAAGAUGAUUAUUAUUAUAAUAAUUGUUUUUGCAGUUGUUGUAGUAAUCAUUGUGUCCGUGGAAGCGUCGGUGCCGCAUACACAGAAGCCAUCAGCCAAUAUUACAUCGGAGAGAAAAUGGACAAAAUCUCAGGGAGGCGUGUGGCGCAGAGGGUUGAACGUUGGUGCGGUUUGUGCAGUUGUUGCGUGAUGUUGUGCGGUUGGUGCAAGAAGUUGUGGCCCUGGACAGUUCACCCCAGAUUGGCUACAGUAUUGAAUUGGAUGAAUAUUGGAAGAAUUGUUGUUCUUGUUGUCACAAUCAUUGUGUCCGUGGUAGCGUCGGUGUCGCGUACACAGAAGUAAGAAGACCUCAGGGGUUUAUUAUUCCAAUAAAUGCAUUUUGAAGGGACUAAAGUGCAUGUGCAAUGCAUGUGCAAUCAACGGGAAAUUAUGCUAUUAAACUAUUAACAUAGAUGCUUUUGAGCUGAAGCUUUGGAUCACUGAUGUUUUAUCUAAGGUGCAUUAGAGAAGAAUAGAUGGAAGAAUAACAAACCUGCUUUAAGUAAAUGACACUUACAAAUUCAAAUGAAAUUCAAGUUAAACUUAUAAGACAAACCUGCCAUUCGUUGAAAAGUCUUUAAAGUCUACAGUAUUAUUGAUAAAGUUCCUCCUGGCACUGAAGAAAUCUUUUAACAGAGAUUGUAAUGUAGGUGAAUGGGUACAAACGUGUUAAAUGAGAAUGUUAAUUCAGUGUGCUUUUGAGAUAUACAGAUUUGUUAACAUAAUGUUUAAAUGUGUGCAGUAGAGAAGUGUGUGAUCAAAUCUUAUCAAGUUUAACAUAUCCUAAAAUAUCUGUAAAACCCUGCUGCUGCUGCUUUGUGCUCAUUAAAACAUCAACAUAAUAAAUACAAAUCAAUCAA